AGGAAGGCGGCAGCCAUUUCGGGCGGGAAGAGGGAACGGCAGCUGUGGUGUUGGUUGUGGUCUCCCAGACCCAUUUCCAGAGACUUGCGUUCUCAGUCCCUAACUCGCGUCUUCCGUAGCAGUUUCCGCCCCCAUGGCGGCCAACGAGGGCAUGAGGUUCAAGGUGCUGCUCAGUGACAUCUCCGAGAACCUGACCGGGGAGAAUCUGGAAACACUAAAGUUUCUGUGCAAGGAUGACAUCGGCAAGAGGAGAUUGGAAACAUUAGUGAGCGGCAUCCAGCUGUUCCAGGUGCUGGAAGAACUCAAUUUGCUCUCCCAAGAAGACACCCGUUUUUUAGGCCAGCUGCUGAAGAGCAUCAAGAGACCCGACCUGGAGAAAAAGCUGUCUGACUACCAGCGGGGCGGUGAGCCGCUCCAACCACCGAUGUGCGAAGUUGGGAGAAACUCGGAUGUAGAUGUUGCAAUUGACGUAAUUCGUGAUAACAUCGGAAGAGACUGGCGGAUGCUUGCGAGAAAGCUUGGAUUCAAAGAGGCUCGUCUUCAGGAAAUUGAAUACGGGGAUCCGCGUAACAUGCAGGUUCAGAUUUCGAAAACACUGCAGGAAUGGCAAGAGGUAAAGGGGCAAGAAGCUACUGUAGAGUGUCUGGUAACCGCCUUACGGAACUGCAGACUGAAUAUGAUUGCAGAUAGCGUGCAAGAGGAGGUAAACAAGAAUAGGUGACUUUUAAGCAGGGAGCAUAAGUAAUGUCAACUGCAACUUGCUAGGUUGUAUGUGGAGCAAAUCAUGUAGUCCUUUGAAGGUUGAAACUAGACCUUCUGUCAUUUGAUGAACAGUUCUGGUUCUGUGAUUGGUAUCAGAGCUCUGUAUUUUCCUUGAUCAUGACCGUGCAUGGGCUUGCCAGAGUGAAGGAUCCAUUCCCAGCAUGGGCUGACACUUCCCUGGAGACUUCACUUCAAGAGUCAACCUCCUGAGUCACAGAUUGCAGUCCUAUACUACAUUUGGAUGCAAGUCGAUGCAAUUGUCUCCUCCAGGUGAUGCCACGAUCUACUCCUGUUGGCCACGUUGACACCAUAACAGUAGGAUUGAUAGAAUCACAUCACGGAAGUGUAAGAGUGUGCAUACAGCUUCAGUCAAGUCGAAAUCCGUGUUCUGCUCAAAGCCAUUUGAGAAAAGAGUUUACAAAAAGUGCACUAAUAAGAGUUUGUCUUGGGGAGUACUUCAAAGUUUAUUUUGUACAAACCAGAUUAUGAUUCAGUAAAAUAUAUAUUUUAAUGAUGUACUUUAUAUUCAUGCUGAAGGGGCCUUUUGUGUGACUUCACUAGUAAUCCAACAACACAAACAGUUAAUACUUGUACUCUGCUUAACAUGGUGAUGAAUUAACAGGUCUGAAGUGUAUGACGUCCUGGCUUGCAUUUCCUGACAGCAGGACCACUCGAUGGAAAGGCAAGGCUGAUCCACAUCUGCUUGCAGUGUCGUGUUUUUUCUUCUUCCCUGAAAGACUGGAGAGCGAGUAUUGACCGCAAUAUCUUCUGUAUCUUUCCUGUGCUGGUUUUCCAGUCGAGUCAGAAUCCACCCCCCCCCCCCGCCCCCCUGAUGCUGGGUUUCUUCCCUUACAAAGCUAUAUAUCUUGCAUUCACUCCAGGGACUGAAGUGACACAGAUUCCAGCACAUGUCAUUUUAAUGACAAGAAAGUCGAUUUCUGUGAAUUUAUGGGCAAUGUUUGGAAUGCUUUGUGGUAUAUUGCUUGUGAAAUUUAUUCUCGGUUGGAGAGAAAUGACAGUCUGGUCAUGGCAGGAUUUCACAGCUGAGAUAAAUGACUCAGAUAAUCUAAUAUGUGGUGUUGGUUGAGAGCUAAAUAUCAGCUAGACACCUGGAAAACCAUACUGCUCUUCUUCAGGUAUUAGUGUGAAAUCUAUUACAUACUGGAAUGAGAAGUACAUUGCAGAAGAAAGGGUGUUUAAUACCUCAUCCCAAACCUAGUGAGAUAAAAAGUGUCUUCUACUUUCUGUUGUAAAUCCCCAGCAUAGUGAUUUUUCUCCCUCUCCUUUCCCUGUUCUUCCAUUCCCCACUCUAACUCCACUGUUGCCUCUUCUCCUCACCUGCCUAACACCUCUCUCUGGUGCCCCUUUCUCCCAUUGUCUGCUCUCCUGUCCUAUCAGAUUCCUCUUCCUUCAGCCCUUUACCUUUCUGACCUAUCAGCUCCCAGCUUCUCACUUCAUUCCUCCCUCACCUGGCUUUACAUAUCGUCUUCCAGCUUGUGCUCCUUCCCCUCUCCCCACCUUAUUCAGGUUUCUUUCCCAUAGAUGCUGCCCAACCUGCUGAGUUCCUCUAGCAUUUAGUAUGUGAUACUCUAGAUUCCCAGCAUCUGCAGAAUCUCUUGUGUUCAUAUUUAACUGCUCAACUUGGAGAUUUUUCAUCGGAAGGUAAGAUGUAAUAGGGUUCAGAAUCAGGUUUACUAUCAAUCACAUACGUCGUAAAAACUCUUGUUUUGCGGCAGCAGUACAGUACAAUUCAUAAGAUGCUAUGAAUGGCAAUAAAUAUAUAAUAAAAAAUUAAAUCAGUAGUGCAAAAAGAACAAAAAUAGUGGGGUAGGGUUUAUAGUUUUCGAGACUGUUCAGAAAUCUAAUGCUGGAGGGGAAGAAAUUGUUCUAAAAACAUUAAGUGUGUGUCUUCAGGCUCUUGUACAUUCCCACUGAUGGUAGUAAUGAGAAGAGGCUAUGUCCUGGGUGGUGGGAGUCCAUAAUAGAAACAUAGAAACAUAGAAAAUAGGUGCAGGAGUAGGCCAUUCGGCCCUUCGAGCCUGCACCGCCAUUUAUUAUGAUCAUGGCUGAUCAUCCAACUCAGAACCCAGCCUUCCCUCCAUACCCCCUGACCCCUGUAGCCACAAGGGCCAUAUCUAACUUCCUUUUAAA